AUGGAGUGUGACUGCAUUGAGACUCAAUGGCCUGCUGAUGAGCUACUUGUGAAAUAUCAGUAUAUAUCAGACUUCUUUAUUGCCUUUGCAUACUUCUCUAUUCCCUUGGAGCUCAUUUAUUUUGUUCAAAAGUCAGCAUUCUUCCCAUAUAGAUGGGUACUAAUGCAGUUUGGUGCUUUUAUCGUUCUAUGUGGAGCAACUCACUUCAUAAAUUUGUGGACAUUUACGAUGCACUCUAAAACGGUUGCUGUUGUAAUGACCAUCGCAAAAAUUGCAACUGCUGUAGUCUCAUGCGUAACAGCUUUGAUGCUCGUGCAUAUCAUUCCUGAUCUGCUAAGUGUAAAAACACGGGAACUAUUUUUAAAAAAUAAGGCUGAAGAACUUGACAGGGAGAUGGGCCUUAUCAUGUCUCAAGAAGAAACUGGAAGGCAUGUCCGAAUGCUUACUCAUGAAAUUAGAAGCACACUUGACAGACACACCAUACUGAAAACUACUCUAGUUGAGUUGGGUAGGACUUUAGACCUGGAGGAAUGUGCUCUGUGGAUGCCAUCUCAGGGAGGCUUGAAUCUCCAACUGUCUCACACUCUAAAAAAUCUAAUACCGGUUGGUUCCACUGUGCCAAUCAAUAUUCCCAUAGUAAAUGAUGUCUUCAAUAGUGCGGAAGCAAUACGUAUCCCGUGCACAUGCCCGUUGGCAAGGAUCCGACCCCCUGCAGGACGAUAUGUGCCACCAGAAGUUGUUGCUGUUCGGGUUCCUCUUUUGCAUCUUUCAAAUUUCCACAUAAAUGAUUGGCCUGAUCUCUCCACAAAAAGCUAUGCGGUCAUGGUUUUGAUUCUUCCGAUGGAUGGUAUAAGAAAAUGGCGCGACCAUGAGUUGGAACUUGUGGAAGUUGUUGCUGAUCAGGUAGCUGUUGCUCUUUCUCAUGCUGCAAUCCUAGAAGAGUCUAUGAGAGCACGUGAUCAGCUCAUGGAGCAGAAUGUGGCUCUAGAUUUAGCUCGGCAAGAGGCAGAGAUGGCUAUCCGUGCUCGCAAUGAUUUUCUGGCUGUGAUGAACCAUGAAAUGAGAACACCUAUGCAUGCAAUUAUUUCAUUGUCUUCACUUCUGUUAGAAAGUGAAUUAACCCCUGAACAAAGAGUGAUGAUAGAGACGGUACUCAAGAGUAGUAAUGUGCUAGCAACACUGAUUAACGAUGUACUUGAUCUUUCUAGGCUAGAAGAUGGUAGCCUAGUAUUAGAUACCAGGGUAUUUAGUCUUCAUGAGGUUUUCAGAGAGGUCAUGAAUUGGAUAAAGCCUAUUGCUUCUGUGAAGAAGUUAUCCUUGACACUGAUUUUAACACCUGAUUUGCCUGUCUUUGCUAUUGGUGAUGAGAAACGGCUUACACAAACCAUCUUAAAUAUUGUGGGCAAUGCUAUAAAGUUCACAAAGGAUGGAUAUAUUACAGUCGUGGCCUCUAUUGCAAAACCGGAGUCACUGAGAGACUGGCGAUCUCCUGAAUUUCAUCCCUUGUCAAGUGAUGGACAUUUCUUCUUAAAAGUGGAGGUUAGGGACUCUGGCUGUGGUAUUACAUCCCAAGAGAUGCCACAUAUUUUUACCAAAUUUGCUCAAUCUCGAAGUGGAUCAAAUCGAAAUAACACUGGAGCUGGUCUUGGACUUGCCAUUUGUAGAAGGUUUUUAAGUCUCAUGGGAGGUCAUAUUUGGAUUCAUAGUGAGGGCGUGGACAAGGGUACCAGAGUUACCUUCAUUGCUAAACUUGGAAUCUGCAAUAUCUCGGCAGAAUCAACAAUCCAGCAGCCAGUUGAACCUUCAGGUAGAACAACUAAAGGGAGUGCUGGUCUUGUAGGGCAUAAUAAGCCUUUUCCCAAAGAUGCCCCC